AUGCAUCGAUUACGUCCCAUCAACACUUCCAAUCAAACGGUUAGAGCUCAACUCUUUUCAGAAGAACAAAUCAUUGAACAUCAAGCUGGAGUUGGUCUUUAUGAUGGGAAGGAAAAGUGUGAUCAUCGAACAGAUGGUGAUUUGUAUCUUACUUCACAUCGAUUGAUUUAUAUCGAUACUAUCGAUCCUCAACACCAAUCUUGUUUUCUCGAUCUUAAUUUCAUUCGUCAAACCGAAUAUUGGAUUGGGUUUUUGAAAAGUUCACCCAAGAUUACACUCUUGUUAGGUGAACCGACUGUUCAAUCAUCCACUUUACUUGAUCCGACUUUUCAUUCUGUCCAAUCCAAUGAAAUCGUUCAUCAUCUAGCUUCUGAAAAUUGGACUUGCUCAGUUUGUGGGUUUUCAAAUUUAUCGACUCAUCAAUGUGGAUUAUGUGGGAUCCCUAGACCUUCGUCUCAUCAUCUUCCAUCAAGAUCUACUUCAUCCUCUUCUAAGCCUCGAUCCGUUUCGGCUUACCAAUCGUCUCCCAACGUUCUUCAACACACUCCUCGGGCCACUAGUCUGUAUGAUUCGAAUCAGCAAGUCGUCAUUCCGAGCUCUCUGGAUGAACCUACUACUCAACAAACUUGUCCUACUUGUACCUUUAUCAAUCAUUCAUCUAUGACACGGUGUGAGAUCUGUGACUCGAUUCUGAAACCACCAAGGAGCUCUGAUCCUCACUUUCUGACGAAGAAACCUUCGACUAGUUCAAUGAUGAAUGAAAAUGAGAACCGUUUACAACAUUCACGUGCCAGCACACCAGCCCCACCGGCUUCGUAUCCAUCCAAUUCAUAUAUCCGUCUCUCAUUUCGUAAAGGAGGUGAUAAAGGAUUUUAUAAUGCGUUGAAAAGUACAUUACAAACUAAAGCUUGGUUAUCAGCUCGGAGGAGAUCAUGUUCGAAUCGAAUGAAGUCGAUCGAAGGAAAUGGAAAGGCGAUUGGGAUUGAUGGGAUCAUGAGAUCGAUGGAUUCGAAACUUCAAGCUGAACAAGCUGAAAUGAAUGAAGGAUUAAAGGAUUUAGAAGCUUUGAUGGCCAAAGCUAAAGAGAUGGUUCAAAUGGCACAAGUCUUAAAUUCAAAACUCACUGCACUCGAAUCAUCCACUAAUUCAGAUGAAGAUAAUGAUCAAUCCAAACUAACGAUUAUCAGAUCAUCAUUACUUAAACUUGGUUUACCUACACCUGCGAUCACAUCAGAUAUGAUGGAAAAUGAUGAAAGGUAUGAGAUUGAAUUGUCGAAAGAAUUGGCUGGUUUGUUGAGUCGAUCAUUGGAUGGAGGAGGAGGAGCUCAUCCGAUAUUGGGUUUGAAAGAUGGGAAACUUGGAGCUAGGGGUAUCGUUUCACUUGAUGAAGUUUGGUGUCUUUGGAAUCGUGCUCGUGGUGUAGGAGCAUUACUUUCACCUCGAGACUUUUUAUUAGCUUGUGAACGUUUACCGAUUUAUACGGAACCUAAAAUCAGAUUAUUAACUUUGAAAUCCGGUUUAAAAGUUUUAAAUACAUCGUAUUAUGAAAGUGAAGUGUUUGGGAAAAGGUUAAUUAGAUUACUUGAAGAUAAUCCAAUGGGAAGGAUUCAAACGAUUGAAAUGGCACAGAGUGAAGGUCUUUCGAUUAGUUUGACAUUCGAAUUGAUUAGAUUGAUUGAAAUUGAUUAUGGUUGGGUGAUUAGAGAUUCGGAUGAUCGGAAUCAGGUUUAUUGGUAUUUGAACCUUAUUAAUGAUUAUCAUUGGAAUGAUGUGAAUUUUGUUUGA